AUGCAAAUCGAAUCAAAGGUCGUUCUGCCAAGAGAACUCCAUGAUCUCUCUUCUUUCAUCGAAGAAAAGCCCGAAUCUUUGGCAGUUGCCACUGCUGAGCUGCAAGCCAUAGCUCUCCGUGCAACCAAAUUCAUAUUCGACCUUGCUUUGCAGUCGGAACCCACUUCUCUGCCUCAUAUCGAGGAACUUUUGUCUUCACUCAGACAGUCUCAAGCUCCCCAGACGAGAUCACAAACUCGUGCUAAUGCCAAACGGAAGAGGAGCCCAAGUCCUGCCCUGGAACCCCCGAAGAAGAUCACGAUAAAAGAUACGCCACUACCCUCACUUUUCAUCGAGGGUAUGAAUGAAGAUCAAAUUUGGCAGCAGCUGGAUCUUAGAGCUGCACCUCUUUGCAAUAAUCUUCAGCUGAAGGUGACGAGGGGUCAGAAGCAAGUGAGGAUUCUGAGGGAUUCGGAUGGUUCGGAUGAAGACACCGGUGGGGCAGAAGAAAUGACUGACCUUCGCGAGGAAGUGUCUGAAGACGAGGAGGACGAAUUAGAUCCUCAUCCGUCCCUUUUUGACGUCGUCAAGGCCAAACCCUCUUUAAAACGUACAGCCGCAAAGUCACGGAAUUCGGACCUUGACGACAAUUUCUUCAGUCUUGACGCAUUCAACCGUGAAACGGAAGAGGCCGAAACAGCUGCUGUUUCCCGUGGCCGACUAGGACGAAAUUCUGACGAAGAUGAGUCCGAUGACGAAGGUGACAGUAUUGAUCUCUUCAGGCCAGUAGAUGAUGUCCAGGACCUUGAUGAGGAUGCUUCGGAAGACGGCGCAGAGCCGUUCUAUAGAGAUUUCUUCGAUGGUGUCAAAGGCUCCAGCUCGAAAGCUAUCACGAAUGCAUCUUCUUCGAAGUCGAAAGUACGAUUCAGUGAGCAGGUCCGAGUGAAAAGUAUCAAGGCAAAAGGCAAGGGCCUGCCAGUGUCUGGCUUGAUGGAGGACCUCGAUCCUGAUGACGAGAGUGGACUUCAGAUGUACUACGAAGAUCCAGACGAGUUCAUGAUGGAAGCCGAGGUCGAAGAGUCAUCACCGGAUGACAAGGUCGCGCCUACCAUUGAAAGACUGAAGGAUGACUUAUUCGCGGAGGAAGAUGAACCAGAUUCCAAUAUGACCACUUAUGAAAAACGUAUGGCAGCACUGCAAGCACAGAUCAAGGAGCUGGAGGCAGAGAAUGUCGCUAAGAAGGACUGGGUGUUAAUGGGGGAAGCUACCUCGAAAUCGCGGCCUCAAGAUUCUUUGCUGCAAGAAGAUCUAGAGUUUGAACGAACGAUGAAAGCGGUACCCGUUAUCACUGAAGCUGUCGUCCAGGGACUCGAAGAGCGAAUAAAAGCUCGCAUAGUGGACGGCAGAUUCGACGAUGUCACGCGGAUCCGCCCUGUCGACGAUAAGCCUUUUCUCCCGUCGCGAUUCUUUGAACUCCAGGAUACCAAGUCGUCUCAUUCGCUUGCUCAGAUCUACGAGGACGAUUACGUCGCUGCCCAGAAUGGUGGUACGGGAGGCGACGACAGAGAUGGUCGGCUCAAGAAGGAGCAUGACGAAAUCACAAACUUAUGGGAUAGUAUAUGCAGCAAGCUGGAUGCACUUUGCAACGCGCAUUACACUCCAAGAGCGCCGAAAGCCAGUAUAUCGACAAUCUCCAACGUUUCCGCGGCUACUUUGGAAUCGGCGCUUCCUACCAGCAAAUCCAUGACUUCUAUGCUUGCUCCAGAGGAGAUUUUCAAAACUGCGUCUUCUGAUCCUCGCGCUCGUAGUGAGCUUACACCCGCGGAAAAGCGGACACUACGUGCGAAAGAAAGAAAGGCGAGGAGGAAGACGCGGGAUGCUCUCGACAAGAGCGUUGAUAAGUAUGCCAAAAUGAAAGGCGUAAAAAAACAAAAGGACGCUGCUCUGAAGAACGUGGUUAAGUCAGGUAAAGGUGUCACGGUGGUUGGCAAAAAGACCAGGGAUGUUUUGAAGAGCAAAAGCGUCAAGGGGAAGAGUUAGCACAUCAGUUUACUGUUGGUUACGGUAUGUAGUCGUUUGGCACCACCCCCCAGCUUCCUCCAUCGUCCGCGCAUUCUGCAUACCUGCAUACUUUAGGAAAUGACAUUCUUUGAGCGCAAGGAGAAAAUUCAUUACUGGGAUGUAGUCGUUCAUACCUAUGAACUUCAACAUGUCCACACUGUCUAUUCGGAUAUGCAAUACGAAAUCAAGAAGCCACUCCAUGGGCGGGGUUGUACAGUCAAGCUAUAAUACAGAAAAGGGAUGUAAUCUAGAAGAAAUGUUCAGACAGGAAAGCUGGGAAAGGGACGUCCGACAUGCAGUACAUCUAAAUUUGAGAACGAUCGAGUAAAAAUCCGGUG